AUUAACAAGAUGGACACAAAAACACUCUAAUUAUCAACCCUCACCCUCCGCCGCUGUCGCCGCCAACACAUCCGCCGCGAAUUUUCAAAUAAUCAAAGAAAAAACGAAGGAAGUCGAUUGUUCGGGAAAAUAUGGCGAAUAGUAAGUACGAGUAUGUGAAGUCAUUCGAAGUGGAAGACGAAGUUAUGUUUCCCAAUCUGAUAAUUAUCCGUAUCCAUGGCCGUGAUUUUUCGAGAUUUUCCCAAGUUCACAAGUUUGAGAAGCCUAAUGAUGAGACGGCUCUAAAUUUGAUGAAUUCAUGUGCAUCGGCGGUUUUGGAAGAGUAUCCUGAUAUAGUCUUUGCAUAUGGAUAUAGUGACGAGUACAGCUUUGUAUUCAAGAAAACAUCAAGAUUCUACCAGAGACGAGCCAGUAAGGUUUUAUCUUUGGUAGCCUCAUUUUUUGCUGCGGUCUAUGUAACGAAAUGGAAAGAGUUCUUUCCUCAUAGAAAAUUAGAAUAUGCCCCUUCAUUCGCUUCAAAAGCUGUAAGUUGCGCAUCAGUAGAGGUUCUUCAAGCUUACCUUGCGUGGAGACAACAUGACUGCCACAUCAGUAAUCAGUAUGACACAUGUUUUUGGAUGUUAGUAAAAAGUGGAAAGACCUUAAGUGAAACACAGGAGAUUUUGAAGGAUACACAGAAACAACAGAGAAAUGAGCUUCUUUUCCAGCAAUUUGGUAUUAAUUAUAAAAUGCUUCCUGUAUUGUUUCGCCAAGGAUCAUGCCUUUUUAAGACAAAGGUGGAAGAAACUGUAAAGCAUGAUGAGAAUGGAAAUCCUGUAAAACGAUUGAGGAGAAGAGAAACUUUAGUGCAUUCAGAAAAUAUUGCUGGAAGAAGCUUUUGGAAUGAGCACUCGUCUCUUCAUAAAGAUCUUGGACAUUUUGCAAAAGACAUUGGCAAAAUUGAACCAGAUUAUGUUAAGUCGUUUCAGUUUGAGAGUAGAUUAUUACCUUUAACAUGGGUUGUGGUUAGGAUUGAUGGCUGCCAUUUCCACAGAUUUUCUGAAGUUCAUGAAUUUGAGAAGCCAAAUGAUGAGCAAGCUCUGAAACUUAUGAAUUCAUGUGCAGUGGCUGUUCUUGAAGAGUUUCAGGAUAUUGCCUUUGCCUACGGCGUUAGUGAUGAGUACAGCUUUGUUCUUAAGAAUAAAUCUGAGCUUUACAAAAGACAGUCCAGUAAGAUAAUAUCUGCAAUUGUAUCCUUCUUCACAUCGACGUACGUGAUGAGAUGGGGAGAUUUCUUCCCUCACAAAAAUUUGAAGUACCCUCCAUCAUUCGAUGGACGAGCUGUUUGCUAUCCAACAUCAGAUAUUCUCCUGGAUUAUCUAGCUUGGAGACAAGUCGACUGCCACAUCAAUAAUCAGUACAAUACAUGUUUUUGGAUGCUUGUUAAGUCUGGAAAAAGCAAAACUCAAGCCCAAGAUUACUUAAAGGGUACCCAAACACGAGAAAAAAACGAGUUACUUAUCCAGCAAUUUGGAAUUGAGUACAAUUCAUUACCUGUAAUCUUCCGCCUGGGGUCUUCCGUUUUCCGCCUAAAGACGCAGGAAGGUGUUGCAGAGGAGAAUGGAGAAGUUUCAGGAAAGCAAGUGGAAGCAGAAGUGGUUGUAGACUACUCUAACAUUAUCGACCAAUGUUUCUGGCAACAACAUCCUCACAUUCUUAGCUGCUCCUAACACAAAGUUAAUUUUCCUUUUGACUGGUAAGGAGGAGAAAUAUUUAGUGCUUUUCUUUUUUUUUUGGUAAAGUAAGAUUCGUCAAAAUAGAUUGACUAAAAUGAUAAAAGGGGUAAAUAAAAUCUCUUCAAAAAUUUUUGACUGAUAUCCGUCCAAUUAAGGUAAGUUCGUGAAUUUGCAUACCAAAUAUUUGGAUAUGAUGAUACUGCUUCUUCUUGUGUAGACUUUGACCCAUAAACCUCAAAAUAUUCUUUGAAUUCUGGCACCUUAAUGAAAACUUUGACCCAAAAUGAGAGAUUGGGUUCUUGCCUAGUGAAUGAUUAAAAUCUCAUUCCAAGUACAACAAUAUUUUAAUUAAUUAUCCUCUUUUUUUUUAGUUAAUUUGUAUUUAUAACACCUAGGUAGAUUUUCUCUAUUCAUUUAAAGAAAGUUGGUAAAUUACAGCCAUAAUUAGUAGCAGAAUCAAAGAGAUUUUAAUUAUUAAGAAACUUUUGAAAUAUACAAUUAAUAUUUGAUUUAUUUCGUUCCUUUUUCACCAUUUUAAAUUAAUUAAAUAAAAAUAAGCGUUACCUCCGUCGACGAUCAGACGAUUCUGCCAUAGUGCCAUUGUUAUACCUUUGGCUUAGCUCGUAACGUUUCUCUCUCUCUCUCUCUCUCUCUCUCUCUCUCUCUCUCUCUCUCUCUCUCUCUCUCCCUC